CAGUGAUCUCUGCACCACUCUCUGUGCCAAGUGCAGGAGUUAAUUACUCAGGCCUGCAGAUAACGUGGAAUUAAGCUCUUAUUGCACCAAAACAGGGCAGCCAUAAAGAACUGUAGAGAUACAACUUCAAAGAAGAGGCAGCUUAACCUCAACCACAAAGAUAUAUCGCACACCACUCUCAGGUAAAAUUAAAGAUGUUGGCUUUGUUAUAUAAAAUAAGAUGUGCAGUUACUGGGUACAUGGACAUUAAAAUGUUCCUGUAGAAAUCUCUCCACGUAAUAUAGAAGUUUCUAAAUGGGCUGAUUCUAAAAUUAUUCAACCAUAGUGUUGCUUAAAUAUGUUAUGGUUCUUUGUCAAAAAGUGGUCCUAAUCCUGAUAUUGAAUGGCUCACUCAUUUAACAUUACAGGCAUUAACGCAUCAUCCUGGUUUUUAAAGGGGAACUGUUACUUCUCAUUUUUUUUUAUAUUAUGUUUACUUAUCCCUAUAUUUAAUAAUUCUGAAUUGGUGAGGUGUAAAAAAUAAAAUAAAGUGUAGAAAUGCACAUGCAUUUAUCCUGCAACUGGACGCCUCCAUCUCCGCUCCCUGUCAAUCAUUGUUAUAGGUUCGGUCCUUUGCACCUGGCAGUCAGCAGACAAAACAUAAAUAAAAGAGGAAAAAGGAUACAGUGUUUCUUCUUCUCCUCUUCAUUUGCAGUGAUUGCCUUGGCUUUUCCUGGUCUAUACUGUUUUAUGAUGUUUUUCGCUUAAUCUUUAAUUUAAAUUUAACAGAAAAGGUUUUGCAUGAGAAAAGUUAACUCAAGCUAUAGGUGAUGUGAAUUCCAGAGAAGUGAUAGUUCCCCUUUUAGAAACAGAUUGUGAUGAUAUAAUGUCUAUUUAUUCUACUAAGAUUCUAUGUAGAAAUACUAAAAUUCAGAAUUCUUUUUAUAACUUCUGACAAUUCACACUUGGAUGAAUAACCCUGAGAGGAGCUGAUUCCUGGAAAAAAAGAACAAUUUGCUGCUUUGCUUAUCUUAUAUUCUUUUUUUUUGUUUUGCUUAGUAAGUAAUCAUGUGGAGUGAGACGUGAUAAAAAAGCGAACUGGUUUACAUUUUAUAGUUGUUGUUUUUUGGACAAAGGUCAAUAAGUCAGGGUUGCAGGGGAUACCGACACAUCAAUUUAAUGAACUAUAAAAAAACUAAUUGUUGACUAGUUACUGACAUCCUUUUAUUUACAAUAUUGUGAUCAGGAAAGAUCUAAUUGGCUUUUCUUUGCACAGAGGAAAUGAUCGCUAUAAGUCCAAGUAACUUGUAAUGACAAUUUUCACAAGAAUACUCAUGAUUUUUCACAAGGAUAUACUCAUAUGAUUUUUAAAAUCUAUAUUUCUACAGUUUACAAUAGUAAUGAGUGUGCUUAACUUUAAAUAGAAUAAUAAGGUGGGUUCAUGGUAGUGUCACUUUACCGACAUCCAUAACUGAGUCAUUUGUAUAUAAGUAGGGGUUUCCUGUAUGAUAUGCUAGUAAGAACAUCACCAACUGGAAUCAUAAGUCAGAAAUAGAGAAAAAGAAUUCAGUCCCACACUCAGUGACCCUGGCAAUCUUCCCUGUUCCCAUUCACCAGAGACACUGCGAAAUGAGUAGAAACCCAGAUACGAUAUCGGGAUUGUAGCUAAACCCACAGGCUGAUAGUACCCUCAAUCUCAGCUUGGCAUCAUAGGAAUUGUAGUCUGCAGCUGGUGGAGUGCUGGAAGUUGCCUAUCCAUGCUAUUAGAAAGAGAAAUCAAAAUCAUUGACAUUUGUAAGUAUUCAGUUAUUCUAUUUCUGUCCUUUUUAACUCUUUCGUUUAGGUAGUUUAUUUUUUUUACCCAAUAUUUUACAUUGAUAUUUACUAAAGUGUGAAUUGUCGAGUAUGCAAAGUAACUUCAAAGAAAAUGUCUAAUUUUAUGCCACAAUAGCCAAAUUGGAAAAAUUAUCCGUCAGCUAUGCUUUCAGUUUAGCUAUUUUCCCUUGUUAUUUGAAAUUCACUUUGAAUUACCAACAAUUCAUACUUGACAUGGUUAUGUGCUAAACACCAAAUUGUUGCAUUAUAAAAUCUGAAUUGCAAAGCUCAGAAUAAUAUAACCAAGGUGUAAAAAUAAAUUCCUAACAGAUUAAUCCUGUUUUCUAACAACCAAGAUAUAGUAAGCGUAACUAUAAACACCAAGAGAACGUAUGACAGUUUACAGUAUAGAAGUAUUCAAGAAGAUUUUGUCUAAGGCAAAGGAAAAGUUUUUUUUACUGUAAGAACAAUCAGGAUGUGGAAUUCUCUGCCUGAAGAAGUGGUUUUAUCAGAGUCCAUAUAGAUGUUCAAAUGGCUACUAGAUGCAUACUUGCAAAAACAGAAUAUUCAAGGAUAUAAUCUUUCAAUGUAGGGUAAUAACUGCUUGAUCCAAGGAUAAAUCUGACUGCCAUUCUGCGAUCAAGAAGGAAUGUUUUUCCUUGCUUGUUGCAAAAUUGUGCUUUUUUUUGCCUUCUUUUGGAUCAACAGCAAAAAACAAAUGUGAGGUAGGCUGAACUUGAUGGACGCAAGUCUCUUUUCAGCUAUGUAACUAUGUAACUAUGUAACUAUAUGUAAUUUUACAAUAGCAACACAAUCUGCAAUCCUUGAGUGACUAUACUGAUAUUAAACAUGCUGCAUAUAAGAUGGGAUGACAGUAUCCAGCUAGAAUGGGAGAUUUACUUAUUAGCAGAGAUACACUAAACAUCAGUGUAUCAAACAUGAAGCCUAGUGUCGGUGAAAAUUAAAAACAUAAAGUGUGACUGUUUUAAAUACCAGCUCUGCUAUGGACUGUCUUUCUGAAUUAGUGACUGGUAGCUAUGCCUGGAGGCUUUUAGCUAGAGAGCGAGGAGUGAGGAAAAUGUGAUAUUUAGUCCGGAUGUGACCUGGGGGUGUACCAGAAACAUGGACAGUAAAUUUCGAUGACACUUUGUGUCUUUCUAACUCUUCUCUUUAUAGUAACAACCCCUGGAUGUUGGGCAACGGUAACAUCCCCAGGACGUACUUGAACGCCAGUGUAAUCUGAAUGUACCUUUCCUGAUGAAAUAUGUUGUUAUUAUUAUUAUUUCUAGCUGGAUAACUAUAUUUACUAAUUGUUUUUCCAACUGUGUUUCUCUUUAUGAGUUUGCUGAUUUAAUAGUGAAAAAUGUAAAUUUAGGAACUUUUGUUGGAUUUGUUAGAUUUGGUGUAAGCAGUAUAACCAUAUAUAUUCAGGAGGAACGUACAUGUUGGAGCUGAGCUUGAUAGGCAGGUCACUGAGAAGGACCACAUAUAAAGCCUAUUAUGACGGUGAUUUCCCCAUAGAGGCAGAACACAAGCGUGAGAAAGGGAGUGUUCUUGAAGUGUAAUUACAGAUGCAGAAGGUGCUUAUGUCUACAAUGUUGAGAGACACAUAUGUAAUUCACUAGGGGUGUCUGUACAUAGAACGGUGAUAGGCUGUUGUAUAUGCUGUGUUCCCGAUGAUGGGAUGUGUCUUGUUAUAUGUAACAGUAUUGACUAUUAGCAUUGUUACAACUGAGCAAUUCUAGACAGGGAUAUCUCCCAUAUAUUGGGUUUCUCUUCAUUUUUAGGGUCCCAGUGCUGGAAUAACCUGGCAAUUCAGACAUACAGAUAUAUAAGCCUGUAUGUCCUUUUGAAUAAUUAUUUUGAUUUAGGUCUCACCUUUAUGUCCCAUAUCCAGUUUAUUGCCAAAGCCUGCUGAUUCUACCUUAAAAACAUUGCUGGCGUCCACACCUUUCUUACCAGAGAUACUACUAAGUAACUUGAUCAUGCUCCCUGUAAUUUCUUGCAUUGACUACUUUAAUUCUCCCCUAAAUGGUCUCUCUAGUCACUAUACUGACUCUCUACAGUAAAUAAAGAAUUCUGCUGUUUGGCUGAUUUUCCUCUACCUAUGGGAACCCAUUCAAAAUAUUAAACCUUACCUACAAACAACUCUACCUCCUCCUCCGAUACAUGCCAUCACUAGUUCAUAGGUACACCCCUUCUUCGGCGCUCCACUCUCCCGGUGACCAUCUCUUCUCCGCUAGUCGUACCCGUACUGCUAACUCGCAAUUGCAGGAAUUCCGCUGGGCAGCUCUGUUUCUAUGGAACAGCUUGCUUUCUCCCAUCAGACUCUCUCCUAGUCUAGUAUCUUAAUCUUUAAGACAUCCCUUAAAACACAUCUUUUCUAGAGAGUCUACGGUCUCUCUGGGUAAAUGUCACUUUUUAAAUCCAUCUAUUACUCUCUAAACUUAACUGCCCUUCACUCUCACAUUCAAAUUCUGCCACUGUCCCACCCUGUCACACACUGACACAUCAGUUCACUAUAACCACUAAAUCGUAUUGUGGUGGUUCUGGAGCCAGCAAGACCCCUUUGUUUUUCAAGAGAUUUAAAACAAAAAAAAAGCAAAAAACAACGGAAACCCAGUACCCAAAGCUUUGGGGUUUUGAGGUUUUGCCUGUUUUUCUGUAGGUAAGUAGAAUUUGGGCUCACGGAUCAUAAUUCACAACCCUCUCUGCCCCACAAAUGAACACAAGCUAAGGAACCCUAGCUGUUGCUAAUUCGAUGAUGUGAGAAGUCUGACAGUGAUUUCAGCAUGGCAAAUGUUCAUGUACCAAUAAAAAUAUUAACUGAAUAAUGAAGAAAGUAAAACUUCCUUGUCAUCACGUCCAAAACUAAUAACUAUUUUAUUUAAUUAUUAUGUAAAACAAACAAACUGCUGAAUAUGUUUCAAAAUGGGCAAGACAGUGAAAAGAAAAUGUUUGAUUACCAUGUUAUUAUAAAUAAAUUACUUUCACUAAACUGAAAUGGUGGAAUUAAAAUGAAAAUAUAAAAACGCAAGCUAAAAUAACCGACUAUAACUAAUUAGUUAGAAUAUUUCUACACAUUUCUGCCGUUAUAUACAAUUAGGAUAAUGGAGAUAGAGAUAGGGGAUCAUCUUGCACCUUUACAUGUGCAGGGAAUAUAAGCAUACGAUGAGAUAUAUGACUGACAAAUCUGAUUACUCCAGACACAAACUUUGUGUAUCACACCAUUUUCACUCAGUCCUCCCAGUCACCAACAAACUGGCUUUGUCCCAGAGUGUCUGGAGGCUAAGAUUAUUAAAGGACCACUAUAGGCACCCAGACCACUUCAGCUCAAUGAAGUGGUCUGGGUGCCAGGUCCCUCUAGUUUUAACCCUGCUGCUAUGUUUCACUGAGGGUUAAUCCAGAAAAUCACAGUGAGAAGACGCUGGACGUCCAUAGGAAAGCAUUGAGUAAUGCUUUCCUAUGGGCAGUUUGAAUGCGCGCGCAGCUCUUGCCGUGCAUACGCAUUUGGAUCUGACGUCAGCAGAGGGAGGAGAGGUCACCAGCACCGAGGGAGCCCAGCGCUGGAGAAAGGUAAAUGGCUGAAUGGGUUUUAACUCCUUCAGUCCAGCGGGACAGGGGCUCUGAGGGUGGGGGUGGACCUAAUGACCCUAUAGUGCCAGAAAAACUAGUUUGUUUUCAUGGCACUAUAGUGGUCCUUUAAGCACACGUCUAAUGAUAUUUUAAUUAAGCUCAUGUACAAGCACACCAGCAACACCAACGGGGUUAUUCACCAAAGUUUGAAUUCAAAGUGAAUUAGUAUUUGAGAUUUCUUUCCAAGUUAGCUAUGUUUGCCUUAAAUUUGAAAUUGGCUGUGAAUUCUCACUGUAGUGAAUAACCCUUGUAACUGACAAGCAGUCAUCCCUUUGUUGGCUAAUUGUAUUAUAGGCCCAUCCACUGAUUCAUUUUCUGUCCCAAUAUUAGAGUUGUCAAAGUAGGGAGCCGUGUUACCCACUAAUCUAGUGUAUAAAAUGUUUAUUUUGUAUUCUGUGAGGUAACUCUUAAUAGAUUUUUUUCCCAUAGCUAUUUUUUCUCAUUUUAGUGACUUUUUUUUCUUCCAGUAUAUCUACUGUUGCCCACUAAGUCUGUGCCCUAAGAUUCCAGUUGCAAUGUCAAAGUCACAGAUGACUACAUGCUGGGUUACUCACUAAACACUUGAUUUUGUCUGAAUGGAAAAUGACCAAAUUCUUACCACAUUGGUAAUUCACAUAUUUACUAAAUCCAAAUGAAGUCAGGAUAUGGUCGUUUUGACCGAUUCUGUAUCAUUUGUCAGGAAAAUCAGUUCUAUGUGAACGACUAUAAAACAUAUAAACCGGACAUUUACCUACUGAAUAUAAACCAAACACAUUCUCCAACAUGUGCAUUAACAAAAUAUAAUGCACUUGCUUUUUGCUGGUGAAUGAUAAUUCGAAGUGCUAUUUGCCUGGCAGUGCUAGUAGCUGGCAGACAAAUAGAUUUUAAAAAAAAACCUUAACAAUGCAAGGGUAAAGCAGGGAUAGCCUGCCCCCAUAUUAAAAAAGUAAAAUAAAUAAAUCAAUUAUAUUACUAUAAGAGAAGUUUUAGACCUCCCUAUGACCAAACCUGCCAUGCGUACUGAUUAGAAUGAGUCUUGAUACCCAGUAGCUGAAGAAGUAUUGUUUGGUAGACAGAAAAUCGGUCCAGAUCACAUUUUUGUUUUGUGGUGUUCCCCCUUCCCUUCUUUUGUUUAUGUUUGCACUUAUUUCCCUUACACACUUAGUUUUUUUUGUCCUUCUGCCAUGUAUAUUAAUUGUUACAAUAAGCCAGCAUAUUCAAUGAAUGUUUCCUGCCGAUGUUCCUGGCAACAUUUGGGAUUGCGGUCCAUUUUUUUUUUUUUGCAACUGAGUAUGUAUGUUCUGGUGAGUAGAAUCAUUCCCUUCAGGCUAUUUUCUGUAAACACUGCCUUUUCAGAAAAAAUGCAGUAUUUACAUUACAGCCUAAAGGAGGCAUAGGCAACCUUCAGCACUCCAGAUGUUUUGGACUACACCUCCCAUGAUGCUUUACCAGCAUUAUGGGUGUAAGAGCAUUUUGGGGGAUAUAGUCUACAACAUCUGGAGUGCCAAAGGUUGCCUAUCCCUGGCCUAGAGAUAACUCCACUGGCCACUCCUCCGAUGGCUACUAGAGGUGCUUCCUGGGGCAGCACAGUGUGCAGCAAUGCCAUUCAGUAUCUUCACCCUCUGCAUGGAGACACUGAACUUUCCUCAUAGAGAUGCACUGAUUCAAUGCAUCUCUAUGAGGAGAUGCUGAUUUGGCCAGGGCUGUGUUUGUGCUGGCUCUGCCCCUGAUUUGCCACCUUGACAAUCUCAGCCAAUCCUAGCAUUGUGAUUGGUUCAGACCACCACUUCUGAUGAUGUCAACAUACAGUUGGCAGAUCAGAGGCAGCAGCUGCAGACUUGAAUACAAGUUAGAUUCUACUAUAUUUAGGGGGCGUGGAGGUGCCCGGGUGACUACAUGGUGGUUUUAACACUAUAGGGUCACCACAGGGUUUGGGUUCCUAUCGUUAUAGUGUUCCUUUAAGGUAAAACAUUCUGCAAAUCAACUAUGCUUCCAGUUUGGCUAUUUUGGCAUUAAAUUUGAAAUUCACUUUUCAUUCUCACUUAAGAGAAUGACCCUGUAAAAGUCAAUUGAAAGGGGCUCUAUGGCCUCAAUAUAUAUUUUUUCAUGUGUAAGACUGUUUUUUCAAAAAAUCUUUGUCUAAAAUUUGGUGUCGUUUUAUACACAGAAAAAUACGGUAAUUACUUUGAAUCAGCAUCAUUGAUUAUUCCAUUCUGUUAGUUUUAUACUGAAUGGAAUUAAAUCAAAACCUAUGUCGGCCAAUUUGAUUUGUUGACAUUUCUUUCCAAGUUAGCAAGUGCAGAAAUCUACUUCCCAGUUGGUGCUUUUCUAAUUAAAAUUCAUUUAUUUGAAGAUCAGCUCAAUUUACUGCUGGUUCAACUAAUGUUGUGUGCUACUCCCAGUAAGUCACAGUUCCUGUAAUAAUGAAGUUUAUCACUGAACACUGUUUUUGUUUUUAAGAAAUCUGAAAAGGAAGUUGUAAAAUUUAGUCAAAAACAGAUGAGCUAAUAUUUAACAAUUCAGUUCAGUUUGCUGUUUCAGGAUUGUCAAGUCACAUAGUUUUCUUGUAUGAUGCAUGGUCAUCUACUCAGACACCCGGUAUCAAGAGGACUCAUAGAAAGUGUGCCAAAACCACACAAAUCUGGACAUGUCAGCAGCACUCAUCAUAUAAACAGCCUGUCGUCAUGGCACAUAUGUAUAUAGACAUAUCGCUCCCACCGCUAAUUGCAUCAUGAAUAUACCUAUCUAAUGUCACUGCCCCUUCCUCUUCUGAUAUCAGACCUGCCAUCUUGACAGGUACGCUCUUUAGUGAAUAAACCCUUUAGCUCACUUAUGUAAGAGUGGGCUUACAACAGGAUUCUCCAAUUUAACUAUUUUGGAAUAUCUUUUUUUCCAUUCCGUUAUCAUCUGGCUGUUUUACUGCUAACUAUAGUGGAUUUAUUCUCAGUGGUUUGUUAAAAAAAACCCUCAUCAACCACAAUAAUAAAACCAUUGACGGGUGAAAUGAAAAACAUUGAUUAUAUCAUUACAAUGGAACCUGUCGUAGUUGGGAUAUACAAGGCAGCAAGUGAUCAGUCAGUUCAUAAAGUUCAUGUGUUGGAAGCAGGAAAAAUGGACAAGUGAAAGUUCUGAGUGAUUUUGACAAGGGUCAAAUAGUGAUGGCUAGAUCACUGGGUCAGAGCAACUCUAAAACAGUAAGUCUUGUAGGGGGGUUUCCAUUAUGUAGUGGUUAGUACCUACCAAAAGUGGUGCAAGGAAGGACAACCAGUGAACUGGCAUCAGCAUCAUGGGUGCCCAAGGCACAUUGAUGAAUGUGAGGAGCAAAGGCUAGCCCACCUGGUCUAAUCACAAAGAAGAGCCUCUGUAGCUCAGAUAGCUGAAAAAAAAUAUUUUGGCCAUGAUAGAAAGGUGACAGAGCACACAGUGCAUCACAAUUUUCUGUGUAUCGGUCUACAUAGCCCUAGAUCAGGUCAGAUUGCAGAUGAUGAUCCUUGCCACCUCCAAAAGUGUUUUCAGUGGGGACAUGAGCAUCAGAACUUUACAAUGAAGCAAUGGAAGCAGGUUGCCUGGUCUGAGGAGCUAUUUCCUUUAGAUCAGGUGGAGGCUGGGUGCAAUUGUGUUGAUGAACUAUGGGAAAAAGGCAAUGUUAUACUAUUAACAAUGUCCUGCAUCCUGUCACACUGCCUAAAUUGUUCAGAAAUGGUUUGAAGAACAUGACAAAGAGUUCAAGCUGUUACCUUGGCCUCCAAAUUCCCCAGAUCUCAAUCUGAUUGAUCUGUGGGGUGUGUUAGAACAAAUCUGAUCCAUAGAGGUCCCACCUUCCAGCAGAUCAUGUCUUGGACUUAAAGGAUCUGCAUCUAUCGUCUUGGUGACAGAUACCACAGGACACGUUCAGACGCAUCACACCAGUUUUGGCAGCACAAGAGGACCUACAAGAAAUUAGGUGGAUUUAAUGUUGUGACUGAUCAGUGUAUGUAUUGUGGACAACUGACAAGGACAUUUCAAAUUUUAAGUCAAAUAACUGAACUGGAAAACUAUAAUUUCGCGAUGAUUUCUAUUUUAAGUGAAUUAAUAUUAUUUAAGUUAUAUAGUAUCAGCAUAUUACAUAACACUUUGCAAUAAUACAUUGGGGAGAUAAAAAAAAUAGUAUUGGCAUACAAAGUUAUUUUGACAGAAACUAGGGGUUGAGAGGGUCCUGCACGCAAUCUAAGAAUAACCUUGACCCUUAACAAAAUUUGACUAUGAUGGUAUUGAGGAAAUAAAUACCAAGUGAUAGACUAGUAAGCGGUUAUUAUGUGGAGAUUUUCUGGGGUAUUCUAGAUAGUAGUUCUCAAGUAUAAUAAGGCAUAAAACUCAUCCAAUAAUUAGUCAGCAACAAUGCAACGUUUUAGAUAAAUUAUCUCCUAAUUCUCAAUCAAUCAUUCUCCUUAAAUGUAUGUGAAAAAUUCUACAUGACUUUAAUUCAGGCUGUAUAUCAGAUUUCAAAAGACAACAGCACACAUGCCUAAAAUAUUUUCAUAAUAUGUAAAUUACCUGACUUGAGGGAAUACCUGAAAUUGUAAACGUUUUUGGAUUAAAUUCAAAGUACUGCACAAUUCAUUACUCCAUGUGUGGCCAGCUGGAUUGAAACAUUUUAAUGUGCUUUGAAGAUAAAAGGGAUUUUGAUUAUGAUUGUAUCUGUAUAAAGCUGUAUAAUGUUUUAGCAACAAUGAAUUUGAGAACUUUUUUUUUUCUAAAGAGGAACUUUAUAACAUAAGGACAUUUUGUAGUGACGCCUUUAACCUUUAAUAAACAAUCCCUGCCUUUGCCUGUGGUAAAAAAAUGAAACCAUGGCCCUGUUGGUAAAGGGCAAGCGGAUAAACAAAAAUAUAUCUAACAAUGCAAUUUCCUACACGCUCACACACACCAUGACUUAGCUAAAUUUAUAAAGGAACAGAGUUCACAGCUCUCUAUUACGUCAAGGUAACACUAAAAGUGUUAUUCAAAGUGAAUUUCUAAUUUAAGGCUAAAAUAGCUCAAAUGGAAGCACACCUGACUUGGAAAAUGUGUCUAGUUCAACUAUUUUGACCUUGAAUUUGAAAUUCACUUCAAACACCUGACAAUUCUCACUUUAGUGUCCUAUUGUAUUUUACACCCCACCUCCUAUAGAUUGUAAGCUUGUUUGAGCAGGGUACUCUUCAACAUAUCGUUCCUGUAAGUUUUCUUGUAAUUGUCUGUUUAUAGUUAAAUCCCCCCUCUCAUAAUAUUGUAAAGCGCUACGGAAUCUGUUGGCGCUAUAUAAAUGGCAAUAAUAAUAAUAAUAAUAAUAGUGAAUAAUCCUCAAACUUUGUAAUUUUACACUAAGUUAACAGAGGAUUUAAUGAGUUUAAAUUAGUGAGUUUCUAGCCUGUCAACUAGUAGAAAAUGGUAUUCACUCAACUACACUAUUAGUUUGAGCAUCUAUAUUUUUGGUCAUGGUUACAACCGAGGCUACUGGCCAUUAAUACGUUUUAUUUUAUUAAUGUCCAUGAGCCAUUUGAAUACUGGGUAGAUCUCAGCUCGCAGACAAGGCCCUCUUUAUCUUUGAUGUGGGUAUGUGUAUAUACCCCCCAAUUGUACAGCAUGUAAGACAUGUUGGUGCUUCAUAAAUGCCAGUAAUAAUAUUGAGGAGACAUAUAAGAAUGUCAUGGGUCCAUUGAACAAGUAGUAAUGUUAUAUUGCUCUGCAAUAACGGGGGUAUGUUAAUCCAAGAUGUAAACACUGUUAGCACUCUUUGCAAGCUCUGACAGAGCCACUGGUGGCGGCAUGGCUCAUGGGUGGAGCUGGGAAUUGGCAAGUUGCCUUCUGUCACACCUUAAUUUCUUAACAAUUAUAUCACAAAAGUACACUCUGGCCUGAAAGACAUGGGAACAAUAUACACAAGAUUGCAAAAUCUUAUCGAGAGGCUUUUGUCACUCUGCGGACCCACAGUAUGGGCCUCUUUUUUUAUCAUGUGCCUACCAUGGCAACUGUAUAUGUGUCUCCAUAUUCAGAACAUGUAAGAGGUUUUACAACUGAAAUAUAAGCCUUUUCAUAGCAUUUGAACCAUUUUAAAGGGACACUAUAGUCACCAGAACAACUACAGCUUAUGUAAUUUGUUCUGGUAAGUAGAAUCAUUACCUUCAGGCUUUUUGCUGUAAACACUGUCUUUUCAGAGAAAAUGCAGUGUUUACAUUACAGCCUAGUGAUAACUUCACUGGCCACUCCUCAGAUGGCUUUUAGAGAUCCUUCCUGGGUCAUGGCUGCCUAAAAUGCAUCCAAACAUUCAGUGUCUCAUCCCUCUGCAUGCAGACAUUGAACUUUCCUCAUAGAGAUUCAUUAAUGAAAUUAAUCUAUAUAAGGAGAUGCUGAUUGGCCAGGGCUGUGUUUGAAUCAUGCUGGCUUUGCCCCUGAUCUGCCUCUUUGUCAGUCUCAACCAAUCCUAUGGGGAAGCAUUGUGAUUGGAUCAGGCCACUUCUGAUGAUGUCAGCAGACUUUUUUUUUUUUUUUUUUAGGCAAACAGCAUGCAGAUCUACAGCUUCAGGCUUAAAUACAGUAAGAUGUUGAUAUAUUUAUGGAGGCAUGAGGGGCCCAGGAGGGCUAGAUGGUGGUUUUAACACUAUAGGGUCAGGAAUACAUGUUUGUGUUCCUGACCCUAUAGUGAUCCUUUAAUGUUUUUUUUUUUUCUUUUUUCACAUGUCUCUUUCUUAUAUGCAAUUUCUGGUGGGUAAUAUUGUCCUCAAAAGACUAAAUAGCUUUGUAUAAUAAUGGUCAAUUUCAUUUGUGAAGAUCAAGGGAUUUAUUCCAUUGGAGCUACUAACAAUUCAACAGAUCUGGGUGGGGGUUUCUCUUCCAGUUUUUCUAUUACCCUUAAAACUAGCAUUCUAGUAGCAUUUCUCCACAAUAUCCAAGUUAAUUAAUACAUUCCGAGAAUUAACCCAUGUGACGGAACGCUGGCACUCCGACUGAGUACCUCCGCCAAUCGAUGCUCCUAGCGCUUGCCGAGGACUCCAAGCACUCCAACCGACACCAUCAGCACUGCAGACCCCACUUCCAGCGAUGCAACUGCGCUGGGGUCUCUGCUGUCUCCACCCACCCUGGACCCAAGGCCAGGAUCCAGCUUCCAGUGGGUGAACCUCUCUUUCCCCAGAGUACAGGAAUAAGCUCUUAGCAGAACUUAGUGAUCAUACCCUGGGGAGUAUAGUGAUUACAGCAAUCCCCAGAGUGUAUUUCUCCAAUCCCCCAAACAUGAGCCAAGGCUUAAUGCUGGAACAAGACUGAUUCACUGGCACACAGAACCCACAAUUUAUGCAACACAAAACUCCUCCUCUGGGCCAGGCUAGACAAUUGAGUUUCCACAAUACACAAAGCUCAAUUAUCUGCUGGCCAGAAACAAUACAGUUUCACAAAACACACAGGGACCCCAAAACAUGCAAUAACCCCAUAAAAAGUAUAUCAUUGGAACCGGGGGAUCUGGGUGAACCACGCAUCCAAAAUUCACCCAGAUCCGUUCAGUACUUUGGAAAAUACAGUUCAAUGCAGACUCUGCAGAACAUAUACAGGCUAAAUGAAAAACAAUCACUGUACAAUGUGUCCCCUGCUGCACAGUCCAAAACCACUGCAUGAUGUCUCCGCGCACCAAACACUGGCAAGACGGCACCGUGUCGAAAAGUCCAAACAGUGUCUGUGAGUUAAAAUGGCCGCCAUCCAUUGUUCUCACCAUGUGCUUCUGAUACAGGAAAUGGUGGCCACCCAGCAACUCCACAGCAUGUCCCCAGAUGGUUCCCAAAGGGCCAGCAGCAGCACAACACAAAUCCAUAAUGCCCAAAUCAUGUCUCUAAAGGGCAACACAUCCCAGGGGCCACAGUCACAGGGCAAGAGGCGGGCAAGCAGUCCUCUCCAGGCACAAGUGGCGAAGGGCACUUUGUCACAACCCAUUUUUGGAAAAGUAAAAUAUUUUUAGCAGAUAAGUUGCAAAACGCAAGUUAAUCGUAUUGGAGAAUAAUGUUGGCAGCCCACAAAACUCCACACUUUAGUAAUCAAAGAAAUUGAAGGUUUGUGGAAAAACAAAUUAUAAAAAAUGAUUAUAUAACCAAUCAGUUACUGUAGCUGAGUUGGAUCAUUUAUCCAAAUCAGGGAUUUUAGCCUAAAAUUUGCAAAUCUGUUUUCAAUGUACUUCAGUUGGGUGUUUACUGAAUAAACCCCUAAGUAUCCUGAACAGGCACUGUUAAACUUUUCAAGUUAAUUCUCAUAGUCUGGAUUUUGUACAGUGAAAACAAACCAAAUUUUGAUAGCUGUGGGUUUUAAAAGUAAAACACACACAUGUAUGUGUUUUCCAGACAUGCUUCCCAGUCCUUCGACUAUUCUGGGCAUAUCUCCACCCAAAAUUAAUUACAGAUGCAAAAAAACAGAACACUUUGACAUAUUUCACAACUACUGUGGUGUGGGAAUCUGAAUUAUUUCAGAGUAAUGCGUGCUCCCAGUCCUGAUGUAUAAUGUAUUAUAGCUUUCAAAGGCUUUUCAAUACAGCAAUAUCAGUCCUGGAAUUAAAGCACUAAACAGAGUACCCUGCACUAAGUCUGAGCCUUGAGAGAAAUCAGGCUGUCAAUUAGACAACCAGAAUUCUUAGUUAAAACUGCCUAAUAUCAAUUUUAUUGAAGUUGUGCAUGUGACUAAUGCUGUCUCUCUCAUAUCAUUCUUGAAGACAGUGCAUGCAUGGACUACGGCUUUGCCAAUACUUUCUGCACAGGUCUAAACUUCUAGCACAGUUCACUCAACCAUAAAAAGAGCUGAGUGUAAACUGAUAACUUUAAUAUGGCUGCUCUCAGUUCCUAUGUGGAGAGUGGAAUUGCUCUUGGGGAUAAAAUACGUAUCCAUUAAACCCAGGCCUCAUUACAGUACUUAUUAGAGGAUCCUGUCCCGCCAUCCUGAUUAUGUUUCCUGGUGUCCUGCUUCUGGGAACCUUUCAUUGGGCUGGCCUACCCCAUUUCUAAGCAGGACCACCCAUUAUGGGCAUGGUCAUUGAUGAGCGUUACACCACUGGCAACUCGCUACCUUGGAGCAAGCCCACAUGUUUAGAUCUCUUACCUCACAAUGGUGGCAGGUAUGUAAACUCAACUUUGAACAGGGAAUUACUUUACCCACAACCCAAGACAGGCUGAGAAUAAAGGUGGCGGUGUAGGAUUUCUGCUUUAAAAAUUCUGCCCACCCCCACAUUUCCUAUCUUUCUCUAGCUUUGAAAUUCACUCAAUUUGUCUGUUCAAACCCAACUGUUAUCUAUCGUCCCCCUGGUUCCCCUAGUCUGUUCCAUUUUUCUGCUUGGCUUCCCUACUUCCUUUCAAGUAAUAUUCCUUCCCUAAUUCUCAGGGAUUUCAACUAUUAACACGCCCAUGACCUCAGUGGCUUCCAAACUCCUUUCUAUUACCUUCUCCACUGUGGCCUAUCACAGUGAACUAAUACUCCUACACAUGUAGCUGGUAAUACCCUCAAUCUUAUUUUUUCCAAUGCAUGCACUAUCUCUAAGCUCCACAACACUCCAUUUCCUCUCUCAGAUCACAACCUCUUAUCAUUUGUUCUUGAAAGCCCCCUCACUCAACAUCCUCACCCUAACCCUCCUCAACUCAGAAGUGACCUGAAUUCUCUUGACCUCCAGCAACUCUCAGCUGAUCUCCAUUCCAAACUCUCAUCCAUCCCCACCUUCUCCUGUCCCUCUCUGGCUAUUUCCUUCUAUAAUGCUACCCUCACCGCAGGCCUUCACCCCAGCUACAGAGCAGGAGGUGGCUUUGCUUCUUCUCUCCUCUCGUCCUACAACCUGUCUGCCUGAUCCAGUUCCUUCCCACCUUAUUAGAUCUCUCUCCCCUUGUCUUGUACCAUCCUUAACACACAUCCUCAACUGCUCUAUUUCAUCUGGUGUUGUCCCUGUUCCCCUUAAGCAUGCUACUAAAAAAGCCUUCCCGAGACCCGUCUUCCCCUUCCAACUAUCAUCACAUAUCCUUGCUUCCUUUUUCCUCAAAGCUUCUAGAAAGACUGGUAUUUACUCGUAUGACUAACUUCCUAAAUUCCAACUUCCUCCUCGAUCCACUUCAGUCUGGCUUCUGCCCCCUCCACUCAACUGAGACUGCUCUUAUUAAAGUUACAAAUGACCUAAUCACAACUAUAUCCAAAGAACACUACUCCAUCCUAAUUCUUCUUGACCUCUCUGCUGCCUUUGACACUGUUGAGCAUGUCCUCCUUCUCCAAACUCUUCAAUCCAUUGGUCUCUGUGACAAUGUCCUCUCAUGGUUCUCCUCCAAUUUCUCCCAACGUUCGUUCAGUGUCUCCUUUUGCAAUGACAACUCCUCCUCUUGCCCUGUCUCGGUUGGAGUCCUCCAAGGAUCUGUUCAUGGUCCCCUUCUGUUCACUCUUUAUACUGCCAUAAGAGAAAAUAGCACAGAGAGUAAAAAAGGGGACAAAACAUUUUUUUAGAUACAUAAAUGAGGUAUGUAGAAGAGGAUAAAGAUCUAGCUGACUGCUUCAAUGAAUAAUGUUACUGUUUUUAGGAUGUUUUUUAUGAUGCAAAAAUAUUCUGCAUAAUCUUUCAUCAUCAAAGAAAUACGUUCUCACUUAAAAGACAAAGAGAGAAAUUCAUCAAGGCAAAAACAGGUGCUAUUCCAAGACAAAGUGCUAAAAAAGAACAAUCGCCAUGGGAACCAAUAUUGUUAGAAUUAUCCACUAACGUAUUCAAAAUUAAUUCUAUAUUUGUAUUUGAUAAGAUUUUAUGUCUACAUAUGAUGCAAUGUUUUAAUUUACGUGUGCAUUUUGUUUUACUUGUUUAAGUAGCACUAAUGAUGUGUGGGUGGUUUAAUAUAAAAGCCUUUUAUUUUCUGAAUUUAAACAUUGCCAUGUUAAUCUCUAAACCUGUUGCUACCGGUAAUAAUAUUUUUUUAUGUUUGUUUUAAUUCUAGGGUGAAUUUGAAGUGCAUUAUCGUUUGGUAGAACAAUAUCAUGGAAAAGAUAAUCCUGCUUUUAAUUUGCAUCUACCCAUCAUCCAACUAUCUCCAUGGUCAUGUGCUAAGCCAAUCAGAUGCAAAUCACCCAGUCCAUAUUGUUGGACACCUACCCAUUGGACAUAGAGUGGAUGCAUUUCUCCCCAGGGAUAAAGCAGCCAGGUAAAGAUAGUAAACACAUGAUUGUACCUGAAUUUGGGUGGGGUUCUAGUCAAUGGAAAGCAAACUGGCAUGAGUUGAGAACCAAAUUAAAGGACCACUAUAGUGCCAGGAAACCAAACUUGUUUUCCUGGCACUAUAGGGUCUUUAGGUCCCCCCCACCCCCCACCCUUAGGGUCCCACUCCCGCUUGGCUGAAGGGGUUAAAACCCCUUCAGCCACUUACCUUUCUCCAGCGCCGGGCUUCCUCGACGCUGGGGAAGUCUCCUCCAUCUGCCGAUGUCAGCGCUGAAUGCGCAUGUGCGGCAAGACCUGCGCGUGCAUUCAAACCGCCCAUAGGAAAACAUUUCUCAAUGCUUUCCUAUGGACGUCCAGCGUCUUCUCACUGUGAUUUUCACAGUGAGAAACACAGAAGCGCCUCUAGCAGCUGUCAGUGAGACAGCCACUAGAGGCUGGAUUAACCCUCAGUGAAAUGUUUUGUUUUCAGCUGCAGGGUUAACACUAGAGGGACCUGGCACCCAGACCAUCAUCCAACUAUCUUCAUGGUCAUGUGCUAAGCCAAUCAGAUGCAAAUCACCCAGUCCAUAUUGUUGGACACCUAGCCAUUGGAUUUUUGUGUGUGGUAUUACUGUGUUAUUUUAAAUUCUCGAUUUAGAUAUGACUACACAAGCUUAGAGGAUAUGUCAACAUCACAGUUACUUUAGGACCUGUGAAGCAACAUGUGCUGUUAUGCUAAAGACAGUUUUGUUCUCCUGACUGUAUUUUGUAUUAACAGAAACAAACUCUUUCUGUCCUUAUAUCACCUUGAUACGGGAAGGGCACAUAUGAUGACUAAUACUACCAAUAAAAAAGAGACUGUCUGAGACAGAUCACCGUAUUUUUCAGAAAAAAAAGAAUCUUGGCUACUGUAACAAAUAACCAGCUUAUUUACCUGGAGAUGAAAGGGUUUAGAUUUUUAUCUUUGCUACUUUGAUCUGGAGAAUGUUUGAAUAUUUGCUAACUUUAUCUCAGUAAGGAGUGUAUGUAGACAUUUGUGAAGUCAUAUAGAGGAAGUGCUUGCUGAGACAUAUUUAGGGCUACUGUACAUGUAUAUUUUUUUUCCCUCACAUCGUUGCCUAUGUGACAUUGUACCAUAUGUAAAAAUGGAACAGGGCUUUAAUUUUCAGUCAUCAAGGGAGUAGUUGAGUUUUGGAAGUAUGGAACUCAUCUCAUUAUUCGUAUUGGUGAAUUACUGAAGGAGAUGAAUAUCCUUGAAGGACCAUGCAUUAUUUUUCAUGACUAGUUAGAUAUCAGAGGAUUUAGGGAGCGGUCAUGUAAAACAUGUAAUGAAAUUCCUUAAUACAUAUUGAUGGCUUCUUUAAAUAUUUACAACAACAAAAAACAAAGAAAAUAGCUACUUGCACACUAUCCCUAUGCACAUUUAAGUGUAAGCUCACCUGCCAUUUCAAGGCAAACUUCCUAGGUGAGUCCUACACUAACAAUUCACCUUGCUUCUUUCUUUUGGGAGUGCUGGGGUAGAUACUUGCUUUCUCUGGGGUCCAGUAGGGCUGCUGGGUGGCCGGCCGGUCACUGCAGUCGUCGAGGGAGCACUGAUCCUCCUGUUCGGCUUCCUCACGCGCCGCGUAUGCCGGGGCCGGAGUGAACAGGAUUAUCAGUACUCCCUCGGCGCCCACCCGGAAAGUGCUCCUGCCAGGGCAAUUGGGGGUGGCUUUUUUUGCCGUCCCCCAGAAAGUGCUGCCCAAGGCAAAUGCCUUGUCAGCCUCACGGAAAAUACACCCCUGCAUGUAACUAUUUUCUUUGUUUUUUUUUUUUGUUGUAGUAGUGGGAGUUUGAGCUCAGGACUUAUUUUUGUAUCUUUUUAAAUUAAAUAAUAUUCUCCAACAUGCACCAAUAAAUGACUGCACAGAAACCUUGCAGAAAUCACAGGUACGGUAAACCUAAAGAUGAAAUGUAUGUAUAAAUAUGGGCCAUUUAUUGAGUUACCAGUAAAAUGUAGUCCCAAUUGUCGUUUUUAGAAAGACAGGAAGUAAUAGAGCAUCCAGCAAGUGGCAAUUUGGAGCUAAUCUGUGCAGAGAGACAUUAACCCUUAUUGCAGGAGUGGAUGGAAAUAAACAUACUCUCCACUUUCAGUCAGUAAUACAUGGCCCUGUAGGGCUGGGCCAUGAAACGUGAUACUUAGAUCCACUGGGACAAUUUUGAAGUUCUCAGGUAUAUGGUUAUAUUUCUAUUCAUUAUUAAUUAUAAUAAUAAUAAUAAUAGAAUUGCAGAUUUUUAUGUUCACUUUGCAUAAACAGAACAUGGCUAUUCACUAAAGUGAGAAUUGUCAGGCAGUCCAAGUGAAAUUUAAAGUUAAUUUCACAUUUUAGACCAAAAUAGCCCAACUGAAACAAUGGCUAAAUUUUGUCAACUAUUCUAGCAACGUACUUUUCCUGUACGAGAAGAUACCUCCCACCUUGUGUCAUAUUACCUUACUAGAAUGUAAGUUUGUUUGAGCAGGACACUCAACGGCCUCUGUUCCUGUGCAUCCAGCUCAUCUUGUUGCAAAUACAUGUCUGUAUUUGGUCCAGUCCACAUAUUUUACAGAGCUGCAACAUUUUCUGUCACUGUAUAAAUAAUAAACAUUGUUAUACUUAGAGUGUGGGUGUUGCCAGUGGAGGGGCAUUAAUUACUGUGAGUAUUAUUACUGUAAAACUCUGCUAUACACUCAGAUACAAUGACAAUACAGAGCAGAUUGGGGGCGGGGCCAGCAUCGGCAGACCCGCAUGGUGCUGGAAAUAAAGUGAGUUUUUUUCCUUUUAUAAGUGGUCUAAGAGGGGGAAAGCUACCUAAAUGGUGGGUUACGCACUAUAGGGUCAGAAUUAUAUGUUUGUGUUCAUGACCCCAUAGUGUUCCUUUAAAGAUGUACAGUGGAUGUGGCCAGGUGGCAUGGCUGUUUUGAGGAAUUUAGGUUAAUUACUAAUAAUAUCUCCAGCUAAAAGGUCAUUUUGCAUGAGAAGAAUGUUUCCUAUUGACACAGACUGAUUUCUAAACACAUUUUUUGCAUUUGAAAGACACAAUACUGUGAAUAUUAUUGUUGAAUAUUAUUGUUGUCGAAUACUGUUAUACACUCAGACACACCAACAGCUCCUAGAAAAGAGGGAUUUGGGCUCAGAAUAGGGACUGUCUCUCCUAAAUAUGGACUCUUGAGAGGUAUGCAUUAGAAAUACAAAAAUAUAUUCCUAAUAUUUGUAUUCUAUGUAGAGGUAUAGCAUUACAGGGCCCUAUGCGUACCCCAUGGCUUGACUGAGAACCUUAACAGAAUACCAGUUGCAACCCUGAUGGUGGCCAUGAUUGUUAAUAGCACAUUUACAUUAACUUAUAUAGUGCUGGAAAUAUAGAGAUAGAUCAACAAUAAUGAGUCAUACUUGUGCAAAUCACUUAUACGUUUUUAUCUUGACAAUACAGAAGAAUUUACCAAUUGUCAGUUAUUAUCAAUAAUUUUGCAGUAAAUGUGGCAUACAAAACAUUACAAUAAUUCUUGAUAAAAAUAAUAAUAGUAGACAAAGAACAGCUUGUUUUGUACACUUUGUUUUAUACAGAAAAUGUGGUGACUCCAUAAUGUUAAUGGUUAAAUGGUUUGCUGAUCAGAGAUGUAUCAGGGAAAAGUUUACACUUCUUAUUUCCAAUGAAUGAGUGUAAACAAACAGUGAUUAACUGAGUUGUGACCAUAACUGUCAUCACUUGUUAUCAGAUUUAUUUUCUUUUAUUAGGGGAAUUAUUGUGGGGAUAUCAGUCGCCUGUGAUUAUGCACAGUUGGCCAGUGAUGGUACCCAGCUUAUCUAAUGGUCUUUGCUCAAUGGUUCUAAGCCAUUUAGAGCUGGAUAUGCCAACAGAAAGAGUUGAUGGAUCUCCUGGCACAUGGCUUUUAGCUCUGCCGUAACAAUCAGCAUUGUUUAAUAUUAUUAUGCUUUUCUUCUUCUGAAAUAGUCACUGUAUUAUUUAACCCUAAGUGUAAACAGUGCAGUAUAAAGUAGCAGAGUUUCUCUUGCGAGAAUGUGCCUUUCUCUCCAUUGCGCACCUUGUAAUGGCAAACUGCAGGCACGAACAUUAUUGGGGUGCAUGAACAUCGGGGAUCCAGGUAAGUUGUCAAACGGUACUAAAAUGGUUUGACUUCUUCCACUGGGAACUAAGCACUAGGGCACACGUGGCACCAUAAAUACUACAUCAGGCUUUAGUGGUUAUAGUGCUUAGACUAUUUAUUUAAUUUGCAUUUAAAGACUCCAUUUUUUACAUUGACAUAUUGCUGUUGAUAUAUUCAUUUUUGGGGUUUUUUCUUUCACCGGUUCCUGCACCAACCCAGUCUGCACUCUUGCUUGUAUCAAAGCGAAAGAUUUAUUAAACUGAUCUGAACAAUGUCCUUUAUUGUUGGUCUCUAAUCUAUUUGCAUUUAUCAAAUUGUUCUAAAAAUAGUUCAGCUUUUCCCCAUUUUCACAGGAAUGUUAAAAAAAGACUGCCAAAAUUUGAGUUCAUGAAAAAGGGAAAGUUAAGCAGAACAUUUUCUGUUGUGUGAUGGCACUUGGGUGUAAAAGAAGCAACAGAAAAAACAGAUUUGAGCCAAAUAAAAUACAUUACACUGAAUAAAUAAAUAAAAAGAUAACAUAUUCUUUGUGACAAUUUGACAAAUUCUCACCAAUAUCAUUUUCAGUUAUGGUGUAUUUAGCUCCUGGGCAAUAAUGGACCACUUAAUUCACCUAAAGCACUUCAUCUAAACCAAGUGGUCUGAGUGCAGUGGCCCUGUAGUUUUAACCUUGCGAUGUAAAACAUUGCAGUUUUGUAGACAGCCAUUAGAGGCGCUUCCUGUUCCUCAACUGAGGGAAACUCGGUCAUGUGACCAAAUGCAGCGUAUCAGAAUGCACUGAAUUCAAUGUUUUCCUAUGGGAAGCAUUUGAUUGGACUUGCUCAGUGCUCCAGCACACAUCAUCCCUGAUGCUGCUCUGAGGAAUAUUGGAGGGGAUGAUAGCCAGAGAAGCAACACCUCCACCAUGAUGUCACUAGAGGCGGUGCAAGCAACAGCACUGAGGCAAGUAAAACUUUUUUAGAAAUCAUUUUUUAUGCAUACAAAGGGUGAGCUAAAUCUAAUUAGGGACUGUGGAAUUGUAGCAUUAAUAAUACUGGUUUGCAUUCCUAAUGCUAUACUGUUCCCUUUAAAUAAGUAGAUCUGUAUCAUUACUGUUUCUUAUUUGUAACUGUUAUUAAUAUCAUGAUUUAUUCUCCUGUUUAUUAGCAAUAUUCCCCUAUUUUGACAAACACCCCAUCAAACACUGUAGAUGGGGUACACUGACGUUGUGGCAGGUUUAUGCAUUGUAUGAUCAUAUACUGUAACUAAACCCCCAUUAUUUUUGCCUUGUUUAGGUGUUUUUAAAAAAACUAAUAAAAUCUGUAAACUCUGAAGUUGCUGUUUAGUUGAUGAGUGAAUGCGCUGGAUCUUGUAUAUUAGAUGAAUAGAAAUGAUUGAUAGAUAUCUUUCUUCUCUAAAUUUGUACUUUAAAGAUUGCUAUAUACUGAUGUUCAGGCAAUAUUUCUUGUAGUCCUUGUAGUUCGUGCAGUGUCAUUUGAAACCUUUCUAAGGAGAAAAAAAACAAACCUUAAAGGACCAGUAUAGUGCCAGGAAAACAUACUCAUUUUCCUGGCACUAUAGUGCCCUGAGGGUGCCCCCACCCUCAGGGUCCCCCUCUCGCCAGGCUCUGGGGGGAGGAAGGGGUUAAACUUACCUCUUUCUUCAGCGCCGGGCGGGGAGCUCUCCUCCUCCUCUUCGGCUGAAUGCGCAUGUGCUGCAGGACAGUGGCGGAUCCGGGAGGGGGGCAACGGGGCAAUUGCCCCCCCCCCGAGAAAUCCGCUGGCCUCCCUCUCCCCUGCCAGCAGCACAUGCAGGUGCUAGCCCUGCAAUGUGCCUGUGGACCGGAGGGGAGAUCAGAGCUCUCCCUCCCCGGUCCGCAGGCACCGGCAGGGGAGGGAGAGGGAGGAGAGAGGACCCGGGAGCUCAGGCUGCAGCUCCUCCGGGUCCUUCUCUCGCGAGAUUUGCAGCAUUGCCGCGGUUACCACGGCAACGCUCCAAAUCUCGCGAGAGUGAACUCUAGCCGGGCUAGAGUUCACUGUCCCUACUGGGACUCGCAGGGAAUCACCACUGGGACCACCAGGGAUCGAAAUAUGUCCCCCCUCCUCCCCAGUAAAGGUAAGAAGGGAGGGGGGACAUAGAAUAUAUAUUUAUUUUAAUUAAAUAAAUAAAAAUAUAUAUUAUUAUAAAAAAAAAAAAAAACCUACCCUUAUCACACACUCUAUACACAUACACCCCCAUACACACACACUGCCCCCCAUAGUGCCCCUAUACACACAUACUGCCCCCCAACCACACACAUUGCCCCCAUACUGCCCCCCAUACACACAUAUCGCCCCCAUCCACACACAUUGCCCCCAUCCACACACAUUGCCCCCCAUACUGCCCCCCAUACACACAUCUCUGCCCCCAUCCACACACACGGCCCCCCCAUACUGCCCCCCAUACACACACAUACUGCCCCCCAUCCACACACAUUGCCCCCCCAUACUGCCCCCCAUACACACACACAUUCUGCCCCCCAUCCACACACAUUGCCCCCAUACUGCCCCCCAUACACACACACAUACUGCCCCCAUCCACACACACAUUGCCCCCCAUACACACACACAUUGCCUCCCAUACACACACUGCACCCCAUACUGCCUCCAUACACACACACAUUGCCCCCAUACACACACACACAUUGCCCCAUACACACAUACUGCCCCCCAUACACACACAUUGCCUCCCAUACACACACUGCACCCCAUACUGCCUCCAUACACACACACAUUGCCCCCAUACACACACACACAUUGCCCCCAUACACACAUACUGCCCCCCAUACACACACAUUGCCCCCCAUACACACAUACUGCCCCCAUACACACACAUACUGCCCCCAUACACACACACUGCCCCCAUGCACACACACUGCCCCCCAUACACACACACUGCAAUACUCACACACACACUGCAUCCCUGACAUACACUGCCGCCCUCACUCACAUACUACAACCUUCACACACACACACACACACACACUGCUCACACACUGUCCCCCUCUCACACACACACACACACAUACUGCACCCCUUACACAUUGCACCACUCACACAAACCACUGCUCAUAUGCCCUACUACAGCCCCAUUUCCCAGCAGACCUCAGGUAAGUUGUCAAACUGUUCUUAAACGGUUUGACUACUUACUCUGGGAGGGGGUCCCGGCACUGUUGACACCAUAACCACUACACUGAGCUGUAGUGGUUAUUGUGUCUGGAUUAUUUCUUUAAAUAAUCUACAAGUGCUCCUCCCGAGAUCAGGCUCUGGAUCCGCCACUGCUGCAGGAGCUGCACACGCAUUCAGCCAGUCUCAUAGGAAAGCAUUUAUAAUGCUAUCCUAUGGACGCUUGCGUCUUCUCACUGUGAUUUUCACAGUGAGAAGCACGCAAACGCCUCUAACGGCUGUCAAUGAGACAGCCACUAGAGGCUUUAGAGGCUGGAUUAACCUAUUUAUAAACAUAGCAGUUUCUCUGAAACUGCUAUGUUUAUAAAAAACAGGGUUAACCCUAGCUGGACCAGGCACCCAGAGCACUUCAUUAAGCUGAAGUGGUCUGGGUGCCUAUAGUGGUCCUUUAAUGAAAACCCUGAUGAAGUUUGAUGCAUGUGCCUGCCAUUUAAUUAACAGAAAACAAGUAUUUUCAAUGUUAUUCAAAUGUGAAUUGUCAAGCAUUUACACAUUUAGGGCCAAUAUAGCCAAAUUGGGGAAACAAUAUAUUUUGGCAUAAAAAAAGCUGCCAGGUAGCUACUGUUAUAUGCAGUUGGCUGUGGAAGAUAAGGAAAAAAGUGAAGCUGGUAUGAAUGUGGAACAUACGGGUUACAGUCAGACCAAUGUAAACAGGAAUUCUUAUAUUUACUGUAUUUUGUCAGCCUGUUCAUCAACAGUACUUUAUCACCAGCAGAUCACAUGCUGUAGCCCUUUAACAACACGACCGGGCCCUUUGCUUUUCGUCAGUGCUGGGAGGAAGUGACGGCUGCGAGUCACUUCCUCCCACUAAGGAGAGGUGUCUGUCAUUGUAUGUUUAUGUCAGUAUGUCUGUCUGUAUUUGUGUCACUUUGUGUGUCAGUGUAUGUUUAUAUCAGUAUGUCUGUCAGUGUAUGUGUCUGUGUCAGUAUAUCUGUCCGUGUAUGUGUCUGUGUUUGUGUCAGUAUGUCUGUCUGUGUAUGUGUCUGUUUUUGUGUCAGUAUGUCUGUCAGUGUAUGUUUAUAUCAGUAUGUGUUUGUGUCAGUAUGUCUGUCAGUGUAUGUUUAUGUCAGUAUGUCUACCAGUGUAUGUGUCUGUGCUUGUGUCAGUAUGUUUGUCAGUGUAUGUGUCAGUAUGUCUGUCUGUGUAUGUCAGUAUGUCUGUCAUUGUAAGUCUUUUUGUAUGUGUGUCAGUAUGUCUGACAGUGUAUGUCUGUGUAUGUGUGUCAGUAUGUCUGUCAGUGUAUGUGUGUGUUUGUGUGUGUCAGUAUGUCUAUCAAUAUGUGUCUGUCAGUGUAUGUGCCUGCGUGUGUUUCAGUAUGUCUGUCAGUGUAUGUCUGUGUAUGUGUGUUAGUAUGUCUGGCAGGGGGCAGGAUGCAGGGUCCCCAAGCAAAUGGUUGCCCAAGGUCCGGUCAACAUUAAAGACGGCCCUGAAUGUAAUGUCUAAAAGCAGAAACUUGGCUUUGUGAGUGCCAUCAUUACUGAACAAUAUUUCAGUAAUCCAAAGAAGAAAAAGUUUACCAGUCCAUGCCUAACCUUUAAAAAAUGAAUGUCACUUUGUCUCAUGUAAAGUGUGGAACUGCACCUAACAAAAUGUUUCCAUAUAUUAUAUAUAUAUCUAGUCAUGGGGAAAAGAAAGUACACCCUCUUUGAAUUCUAUGGGUUUACCAAAAAUAAAGCCAGAAUGGAGAAGCCAUGUGUGACGCUUACUGCUUCCAUAGGAAUUAAUAGGCUAAGUAGGAGACAGUUGCUGCUAAUCAGAAGCUCUCGAUUAGUUAAAGGACCACUAUAGGCACCCAGACCACUUCAGCUUAAUGAGGUGGUCUGGGUGCCUGGUCCAUCUAGGGUUAACCCUUUUUUUCUAUAAACAUAGCAGUUUCAGAGAAACUGCUAUGUUUAUGUUAGGGUUAAUCCAGCCUCUAGUGGCUGUCUCAUUGAAAAUCACAGUGAGAAGACGCCAGCGUCCAUAGGAAAGCAUUGUGAAUGCUUUCCUAUGGACUGGCUGAAUGCGCGUGCGGCUCCUGCCGCGCAUGUGAAUUCAGCCGAAGAGGAGGAGAAGAGGGAGGCGCUAAGUUUAACCCCUUUCUCUCCCCAGAGCCCGGCGGGAGGGGGGGGGGAGAGGGCACCCUCAGGGCACUAUAGUGCCAGGAAAACAAGUAUGUUUUCCUGGCACUAUAGCGGUCCUUUAAUCAUCAGCAAGUGUGACCACCUCUAUAAAAGGAUAUUUUUGCCAUUUGUUGGUGUGGAGCAUUCAGGUGUGUGAGAACACAAUGCCAAGGAGGAAAGACAUCAGUGAUGAUCUUAGAGAAUCAAUUGUUGCUGCCCAUCAAGCUGGGAAGGAUUAUAAAGCCAUUUCCAAACAGUUUAAAGUCCAUCUUUCUAAAGUCAGAAAUAUUAUUGGAUUAGAAAACAGUCUGUGCAAAUAAGAUACAUUGUAAAUGACCAUUUAGUUCCCAUGACUGUAUGUUUAUUUCCUGUUUGUAUAUUGCUAAACUGCUAUAAAUGAUACAUAAUCAUGUGUUGACAUUCCAAGUUUGGAAACUAAAUACAUGGAAAUGUUCCAAGCAUUCUCCUUUAAAGAACCACUGAAGUCACCCAGACCAAUCCAUCUCAGUAAAGUGGUCUUGAUGCAGUCUACUUAUAACUAUGGAAUGUAAAACACUGCAUUUUUAUAGAAACUGUUUCCAUUGCAGGGUUGACUUCUAGUCUUGCAGACAGCCACAACAAGUGUUUCUGCGUUAUAUGAGCUUUUGAUUGGCUCAGUGCUGUGCUUUGCUGUGCAUGCGCACUACCCUGCCAAUGUUCUCUACGGGGAAACAAUGGAUUAGCUGAGUUCAUCAGUCUUGAUAAUCUCAGCCAAGAAGGUAUAGCAGCAUGAUGGAGACUGGUGCUGCGAAGGAUGAAAGGUAAGUAAAUGUCAACCCUUUUAAACCCUCACAGGCAUGGGGGGAGGACCUACAUAAGUAGAAUUAAACUAUAUCUUUAGGAAUGUUUGUAUCCCUAAUGCUAUAGCAUACCUUCCAAGGAUCCCUAUUUAGAGACAGUCCCUAUUUUGGGUCCAAAACCCUCUUUUACAGGAGCUGUUGGCAUGUCUGAGUGUAUAACAGUAGUCGACAACAAUAAUAUUCACAUUAAUGUGUCUUUCAAAUGCAAAAAAUGUGUUUAGAAAUCAGUCUGUGUCAAUAGCAUACAUUGUUCUCAUGCAAAAUUACAUUUUAGCUGGAGAUAUUAUUAGUCAUUCACCUAAAUUCCUCAAAACAGCCAUGCCACCUGGCCGCAUCCACUGUAACAUCUUUAAAGGAACACUAUAGGGUCAGGAACACAAACAUAUAAUCCUGACCCUAUAGUGUGUAAACCACCAUUUAGGUAGCUUGCCCCCUAAAAGAUAAAAACUCACCUUACUUCCAGCACCGCCCCCGAUCUGCCUUCUUUGUGACAUCAUCAGAAUUGCCGAGUUCAUAACAAUCCAAUGCUUUCCCAUAGGGGAAAGCAUUGGAUUGGCUGAAAUCGGCAAGGAGGCAGGAUGGGGCCAAGUGCCAUUUUAGCCAAUCAGAACCUCCCUAUAGAGAUGCAUUGAAACUUCAGCGUCCAUGCAGAGCGUAACUGUAGUUGUUCUGGUGACUAUAAAGUCCCUUUAAUUUUAAAGUGUCCCUCUUUGUUCAUUUUAAAUUUUUGGAGCAAUGCUAUUGUGUUUGUUUAACUGCUUCAAAGGCAUGGCAAGCCUAUGAAUUAAUUUUUUUUUUUCUGCGUGACAGUCAUUGCUUUUAAAUUUAAAUCAAUAUUACUUGAAUUUGUAUUUUGUUUAGUCUGUGUACUGUCAAAAAUAUGACAAUGCUAUACAUAUCCAGGUCAAAUAUAUUAUUCCUUCAGAUAUUUUUCUACGUAUUGUUAUAUACACGUAAUCUUCCUGCAAACAUAUUUAAUUUCCUUCUAUUUGUGUUUGCACCUCUGUCCCAUUUCUGCAGGUAUUACAUUGCUUUGAAUGAAAGUCGUAGUGCUGUGACCAUUAAAGUGAUCCCCUGUGAGUCACCAUUAUAUUGGGCAUUGUACGUUCUAGACAAAAAGGACGACUUGUCUCCGUUAGAAGAUGGCUUUAAAGAUCUUGGUGGUAAAUAUAUCACUAUUAUUUAUGCUGACUCUCACAUCAUGCAGUUUAGAGAUUAAAUUUGUUUUGAAUUAUAUAUCUUAGAAAAUGUCAGUAAUUUUGGUGUUAGUGAAGUUUAGAGGGACACUCUAUGUACACCACGCCUGGCUCUAUCCUACUCUGUUCUGUCCAAUCUUUACAGCAAUGCUGAUGCUGAAGUUUAAAUUUAUAUUAGCCUACCAACACAUACAAACUUUGGACAUUAUUCAUUGUCUGAGAAAGUUCUGCAGUAGUUAGGGUGCUUAGAGUAUCCCUUUUAGGCAACAUUGCAAACACCUAACACACUUGCUGGAAUGCUUUAUAUGUAUCCUCUUUAUUUUUCAUCUAACAUGCUUGUUGAAAUGCUUUAUGUCAAGCAUGUCAAACUUGCGGCCCGCAAUGAAUAUAUUUGUGGCCCUCCUACCCUGGGGCCACUUUGUGCUGUGGCUGCGACCAGCCGCAAGACAGGAAAGAGCUUUCCUCUCUGAUUCUGCCUUAUCUCCCAUGGCCACAAGAGGGCAGAGUGUCUGUCUGUCUGCAGAGUAGGCCAGCCACCCCCCCUUCCAUCCUGCUCGCAUGGCCAGAGGAGCAUCUGGCCUGCUUGAGCAGAGCUGGAACUGGAGGACAGGUGGGUCAUCUUAAGGAAGGAGAAGAAGGGCUUGAGGGACCUUCCUGUGUAGUGUGUUAAAUUGGGAAGGUGGGCACUGUAUUAAUUUGGGGGAGGGGGCUAGUGUAUUAAAUUGUGGGAAGAAGUGGGGCAAUGUAUUAGAGUGGUGGGAAGAGGCUACAUAUUACAUUGGGGGAGCGAGGGGGCACUGUAUUCAUUUGGGGGACGGGGUGUAUCUUAGAGGUGUAUCUGGGCUAGGUGGGCAGUUCUCAUAUAUUUGGAGGAACUCUCUACCCUGUUCAAGGGCCUCCUAGGGGAGUGUCUUUUGCUUUGUGGUUUCUACCCCCUCUUUUUCUCCCUGGUGACUGUAGUAAGCACACCUAGCCACUAGCUGGCGCUUUGCACACCUAUCUUGCUAUAUGACCAGAAAGUUUUUCUAGGUAUUUGAAUAAGCUUCUGGACUCAAGUCCAUGGGGAUAACUUUAGUCUCCUAUAUUUAAGGGUGUCCAGUUAAGUUUUUUUUUUUACUAUAUUCCCAGAUGAUACUAAUACUGUCCCUCCCGCUAGACAUUUGUUGAUGUGAGUCAUAUUCCACUCAUAGACAAUCUGUAUAAGUUCGCAGCUCUAGAUGGACCUGACUUUUAUUUGUUUCCUGUAGAUACUGUACAACAGUCUUAGGGCUUAGUCUGGCUGCACCCUGAUCAUUUAUGUGAGGAUCUUAUACUGCUCACUUUUUUGAGCCCCUAGAUACCUGCUGGCGAUACUUAUCCAAUCUGUAUUCAGGUCCAUUUAGGGACCCAGUGUAAUGUUCACUGUUUUUAACUUUUUUCACUUUUUUUCUAAUUAUUCAUUUUUUCACAUAUACACUUAGGCUAUAUACAGGUGUUUUGUAAAUAGUUUUGUCAUUCUCCUUUUUAAUCAAUAAUGGUUCCCUUUUUUUGUUUCUGUGACAUAUAUUAAGAGGUAACUGCGAAUGGGAGUGGUUUCCACCCAUUAGUUAUGAGUGAAUCCACGCUCAUUCUUCUGCUCUGUUUUGUGUAUCCUUAUUGAGGUUACGCCUCUCUGUUACCCCCGGUAACCACCUAGAAGGUUUGCUGUUGGUUAGUCCGACACCAUAACCUCCUUUUGUUUUCAUGAUCAUACAUUGCAUAAUGACACACAGUCACCAUAUCACACUCAACCAUCAAACACAGUCACCCUUUCACAGUCACAAUGCCAGUCACCUCCACCUUCUCACCCAUCACAUGUAGUCAAUCUGUCACAGUCAUCCCUCACUCAAUGCACACACAGUCACUCCUCACACACAAACAGCACAGUCUUGCUGUAAAAAUAACAAACACAUAAAGACCACAAGGAUCCCUAACAUACACACAAAACACUGCAAGCAGCUUUCUCAAAAGCAUAUACUCCCAGACACAGAGAUACACAAACACACACAGAUACAUAUAUGCAUUACAGUCACAGUCACAAAUACAUGUUCACAAAGAUAUACACUAAUAGACCAGCCGCAUAAAUGCUGCCCUAGGGGCAGGCAACUUUCAGCACUCCAGAUGUUGUAGACUACAUCUCCCCUGAGGCUUUGCCAGCAUUAUGGCUGUAAGAGCAUUAUAGGAGACAUAGUCCACAACAUCUGUCAUGUCAAGUGUGUAUAUCUACGCAUGUAUGAGAGUGUAUAUAUGUGUGCAUGCAUCAGUGUGUGUGUUGUCCAAAGUGGCAACAUGGCUGCAAUGUGAGGGCGAUAUGGGAUGUGAAAUAUCAUGUUAAUGUGACAAAAUAUAGGGGAAGAUAUAUAACAAUACAUUGUCAAGCCAUAAGAUUUGCUUUUCCCUCCAAAAUCUCGAAUUUGCAUUGAUUUUACUACUGCAAGGGACUUUGGGUGGGCAUAUGCAAAUUAGUUUAGCAAGAAAACUACUUUUUGCCUCGUUAUUCUAUUUUAAACAUGGAAUCCUUGAAGUUAUAUGUGCUGUAUACAACAGCUUUGAAACACAACCUGAUGCAAAGAAAUGCAAAGCCAGUGAACCACUCAUGGAAAGCUGUUUUGUUCUUAAUGCAACUCAUCAUCGAUCGCUCAUCCACAGUGAUUUCAAUUAAUUUAACUUUGAGAGCUGUAUUGAGAUAAUCUGUCAUUCUGAGGCCAGACUGAUACCUAGGUCUCCCUCGUGGAAGAAAUUAUUUAACCUUGCUCACACCACAUUGCUGUCAAUGGAAUUUUUUUUUUUAAAUCUCACUUUGAGAAUGUCAUGUAGCUCAUCUGUCAGCCACUAAAAAUAGCCCCAGUUUACAGAGUGGAUCCCCAGGUAUUCCUGGGAUUUACCGUAUUUUUCACUCAUAAAACACACUUUUUUCCCCCUCAAAAGUGAGGGGAAAUGUCUGUGCAUCUUAUGGAGGGAAUGUGAAGGUUUACUUACCUGUCUUGUAGCGUGGGCCAGCAGCACAGCGUGCACGGCUGUACAGGAACUUCAAUUUCAGGUUCCGGUUUCUGGCAGGACUGAAAGGAAGUGCGCACUCAGUGUUCACACUUCCUUUCAGUCCCGCCGGAAACUGGAACCUGAAAUUGAAGUUCCUGUACCGGGGUGCGCGCUGUUAAGCCGGCCCACACUACAAGACAGGUAAGUAAUUAUGGGACACUAUGGGACAAGGGGAGGGGGGGCACUAUGGGAGGGAAAGUGCACUAUGGGACAAGGGGAGGAGGGAGAACACUAUGGGAAGGGGGGGGGAACACUAUGGGAUGAGGGGAGGGGGGAACAGUAUGGGAUGAGAACACUAUUGGACAAGGGGGAGAACACUAUUGGACAAGGGGAGGAGGGGUUUAAAGAACACUAUGGGACAGGGGAGAAGGGGUUAAAAAUCACCAUGGGACAGGGGAGGAGGGGUUAAAAAUCACUAUGGGACAGAGGGAGGGGGUUUAAAGAUCACUGUGGGACAGGGGAGGGGGGGUUAAAGAUCAUUAUGGGACAGGAGAGGGGAGUGGGUGGUAAGGAACACUAUGGGACAGGGGAGAAAAAAAAAUAUUUUGAAUAAACUGUCCCAUAGUAAGAAACACUAUGGGACAGUUUGUUCAGUAUAUAUUUUUUUCUGGGUUUCCUCCUCUAAAAACUAGGUGCGUCUUAUGGUGUGGUGCGCCUUAUGGAGCGAAAAAUACGGUAAUCCUGCUCACACCAAGUUGAAGCAUUGAUGGAUUUAAAUCUCCAUUUAAUGUGCCGAUUGGAGCACUGCGUGCAGCUAAUCUUUUAGUAUGGGGACACUAACUCUAGCCCCAGCUGACCAUGAGGAGUCCCAGGUAAUAUUAAUUUGAUAUUUCUAAAUCUCCAUUGUUUGCUUAAAAUCUGUAGCUUUUGCAUGGACUAGUAAAAGAAUUUACAGCUAAUUAUUAUUUCCUAUGAAUGCACUUAGCAUUUCUAAUCGUGAGUAGUUUGAUUCAUGAAUAAAAUGUAAUCUGUAAAUUAACAGAAGCUACAGCUUUAUUAAUCCUUUACAAUCUCUCCAAUAAGGCAGUAAAAAGGUUUAUAGCUGCUGAAGGUUGUGCCUAUCAUUGUAACAAUAAUGGUCUCCAUGAAGAUAUGAAACUCCUUGCUUUAAAACAGGAAAUGAGGAUUUGUAAGUUAAUUAAAUAGAUUAAAUAGAUUCAAACAGAAGUAGUAUAUAAGAGUUGAUGUGUCAACAGUCAGAAUGUCUUUUGCAGUCUGUUAGUGAUAAGAUUUUUAUAAAGAAAGCAAAGCACACACUUGUGAAAUUCUAAUGAGCUAAGAUAACAUUGUGGCAGUGUUGGAAAGGAAUGAGAUAAUGUUUUACACUUUCCUGUUUCCCUUAGGAUAUCAUGCUGAACAACAACAGCAUCGACAUGUUGGCCCUAGGAGAUUGUUUUCCUUUCAGGGAAAUGGGGAGGAAUCUUUUCCAACAAUCAUGACCGUAGAGGGAUUUUACUUUAUUGAUUUUGUUUCACUAGAAUCUGAUACAAACUUCCAGGUAUUUGUCUGGGAUAAUAGAAACCAGGCUAACCCAUGGCCACAGCUCCCAUCAGAUCCACGUGUCGAUAUUGGUUUUGUGGAGGACACCAAGGUUCAGCUUUCUUGGAAACCUAGUCUAGGACCUUCUGACACUGGGACCUUUGAAUAUUGUGUGUUUGUAAAUAAGCACUAUAACUUCAAAACUCUGUGUGCCACAGAAUUUAACUUGAAGAGACAGUUGGAUUGGAAUGAACAAGAUGACCAGCUAAGUAAUUUUGUAAAUAUAGCCAAGAAAACAUCCAGAAACCAUGCAUCCCACAAAAUCAAGAAGAAUAUGAAAGGUUCAUCUGAAUGGAAUGUCAAUAAUGAUCUUUGGUCCUCCAAACAUUUAUUGGGAGGACAGAAAGUGUGUGUUGGGAGUGGGACAAAUGCCACCAUUUCUGGAUUGAAACCACGGACUCUUUAUUACUUGGAUGUGUUUGCAGUAAAUCCAAAGUAUGGUACAAGUGUUGCUUAUACUGGAACUUUCACAGAGACUAAACCCAAACACAGAUCACACAUUCCAAAAGUUCCUAGUGAUGAGAUAAUGAACAUUUUUCUCAAAAGUCAUGGUGUUAAGAUAUUGAAUUUGGACCCUCCAGCACAUGGCUACAAAUGGCUCUAUGUUCAUUCUUGUCUCCAUAAGGUCCACCUGCAGAUCACUUCCAAUAGAAAUACUUUGGUAUCCCAAAGUCUCCAGGGGGCUCAUAAUUUCAAGCUCAGUGUCAAUUCAAACAAGUACACCAUCACCUUAAAAUCCAGUAGAGGUGGACCAGGCUUGGUAAAGCUUUUUACAACUAGUACACCCAAUCGCUUGCCUUUCCCAAACUUGCCACCUGACAUCAACCUUUCUGUCUCCAACAGAUCCUGCUCAUCAGCCACAGCCACAUGGGCUGGGACUGGGCCAGGGACCAAGGUCUGUAUCUUUGUAAGGCAUCUAGAGCAGAAUUUAGAUCUGAAGCUUAUCCACAAACACCAAAAUAGCUGUCUUAGCACCAGUGCUCGGUCUAGAGCUGAAAAAGUGUUCUGUAGGCAAGAGGGCCCUGAGACCCUGACAGAAGAACACAUUACAGAUCUUAAGCCUGGAAAAGCCUAUCUCAUAGAUUUAUACUUCCUAGGUCAAUAUAACAGCACCAUCAAAUUCCCUAGUCAUGUUGUGAGAACUCAGGAGCACUGCACCUAAAAAUGUCUGAACAACAUGAACACUAUACUCUAAAACACAUUGUAUGCAAAACAAAAGAAUAAAAAGAUGCAUUUAUGAUAUUAUUCAAAUAUAACUUGUCAAGGAGGAGAAGAACAGUAAUUAUAGGAGGUGAACGCAUACUUUAACAUUUUAAUCAAAGGAACUGACACCAUUUACUGUAAGGUAGAUCCUAAGGCAAUAAAAGAGAAUUGGAGGUGGUGCAAUGGUAUUAUCACAGUUUUCAUAAAUGUUGUGAGGUGAGUUCUAAUGAUUUAUUACUUUACUUGUGUUUUAUAUAUAAUAUAUGUUAAAUCAUUAUGUUAAAAUGCUUAUUUUUUUGGCAAUUUUAUAUAAUUGCUUUUGCAUGAAAGAUCAUGCCUGUUAAUUAACCAGCAGAUAUGCAUAUGCCCAGGACUGGAAUUUCAGGUGUGUCCUAAUAUAUUUGGCAACUUCUAAAAGGAAUUAAUAUCAAAAACCAAAGCAAGAGUUAUAAAUAAAUACCAUUUAGGAAGGGAUGUUUGGGGCAUUAGUAGUACUGGACCACCAUUUAGUCACAUAUCCUGUCAUUCAUUUUUUUUUUAUUCCUGAUCUUGGUAUAAAGAAAACAAAAUAGUCCACAUUGAUCUCACAAAAAUGUCAGAAGACAGGUCACAAUGGAUGUAUAUAUAUCUGAAAAGAUGUGCAUGCAUAUAAAUGAGAUAUAUCUAUAUGUAAAAUAUAUUAUUUAAAACAAUAUGUACAAUAUUUAUGAUGUUCCCUUUUAAACUGGAUUGGGGAAUGAAUGUCGAGGCUGUUAAAAUAUAUAUAAGGAACUUGUGAUGUUUUAUUAUGGAUAUAAUGACAUCAGAAAAUGACCUAAUAAUUAUUAUUAUUAAUAACACAGUUUAGCUUGAUCACCACACGUAGGCCUUGAUUUAAUGCUUUUGGAUAAGCUUUUAAAACGAUUUAAACAUAAUACUUUGAAAAAU